GGCGCCGCUGCAGCCCCCAGAGCACCAGGCUCGCCCGGGGAGGCGCGGGCCGUUCGGCCCACGCGGGACCCUGGAGCCGAGCGUGGGCGUGAUGAGCCAGGUGCUGGGCAAGCCUCAGCUGCAGGGUGAGGACGGCGGCGACGACGAGGAGGAGGAUGAGCUGGUGGGACUGGCGGGCUACGAGGACGGGCCCGGGUCCUCGGACGCCGAGCUGGACAGCGGGCCGGAGGAGGGAGUUCUGGACUUGAGCGACCCCUUCAGCACUGAGGUGAAGCCCAGGAUCCUGCUCAUGGGUCUCCGAAGGAGCGGCAAGUCGUCCAUACAGAAAGUUGUCUUUCACAAGAUGUCCCCGAGUGAGACCCUGUUCCUGGAAAGCACCAAUAAGAUCUGCAGGGAAGACGUCUCCAACAGCUCCUUUGUCAACUUCCAGAUCUGGGACUUCCCAGGCCAGAUUGACUUUUUUGACCCCACCUUUGACUAUGAGAUGAUCUUCCGGGGCACAGGAGCUCUGAUCUUUGUCAUCGACUCCCAGGAUGACUAUAUGGAAGCGUUGGCCAGGCUCCACCUCACAGUGACCAGAGCCUACAAAGUGAACACUGACAUUAACUUUGAGGUGUUUAUUCAUAAAGUGGAUGGUCUGUCGGAUGAUCACAAAAUUGAGACCCAAAGAGACAUUCACCAGAGGGCCAACGAUGACCUUGCAGAUGCUGGCUUAGAAAAAAUUCACCUGAGCUUUUAUCUGACGAGCAUUUAUGACCAUUCAAUAUUUGAAGCCUUCAGUAAAGUGGUUCAGAAACUGAUCCCACAGCUCCCGACGCUGGAGAAUCUGCUGAACAUCUUUAUCUCAAAUUCCGGAAUUGAAAAGGCAUUUCUGUUUGACGUGGUCAGUAAGAUUUAUAUUGCAACUGACAGCACUCCCGUGGACAUGCAGACCUACGAGCUCUGCUGCGAUAUGAUCGAUGUGGUGAUCGACAUCUCUUGUAUUUAUGGUCUCAAAGAAGAUGGAGCAGGAGCCCCGUAUGACAAGGAGUCCACAGCCAUUAUAAAGCUGAAUAACACAACGGUUCUUUAUUUAAAAGAGGUCACAAAGUUCUUGGCGCUCGUUUGCUUUGUCAGAGAGGAAAGCUUUGAAAGAAAAGGCCUUAUUGACUAUAAUUUUCACUGCUUCCGGAAGGCCAUCCAUGAGGUGUUCGAGGUGAGAAUGAAGAUGGUGAAAUCUCGAAAAGUCCAGAGUCGCUUACGGAAGAAGAAAGGAGCUACUCCUAACGGGACCCCUCGCAUGCUGCUGUAGGGGGGCUGUCAGGAGCCUGAGCCCAUGCUUGUGAUGGGGGUGCUGAGCCACACUGGACCUCAGGAAGGAGGAGCCUGCGACACGGACGUAGAUUUGUUCAGGACAAAGAAAGUACUUUCUUUUUAAAAUAAAAUGAGCUCUUCGAAGCAAAAACCUGUACAGUAACAAAGUGAGCCCACUCUAUCGCUGCAUAAAUGUAAACUUCCGUGUUGAUAAUCAGAAAACCCCCGUGAGAACUGCCAGGAACUGUACAUAUUUUGCACUUUUUCACAUUUUUCCUCUGGAGAUGAACUUUGAUAAGGACUUUUCUAAACUCUUUUUCUGUACUUGAUGUCAAGGGCGUGCAUACUAUGGUCCAUAUGGCCAUCGGAAAUUCAUCCAAAGUAAUACAUUGGUAAAGACUUUUUGUAAAUUGGGGAACCUUUGCUACCAAUUGUUAUGGGGGAAAUCAUUUUUCAGUGGAGCAGGGAUAGUAGGCCCGGGCUGGGAGCUCCAGGCAAGAACAGUAAGAGCUUGUGUUUGUAAUGAGUGUGAAUGGGAUUUUUUAGAAGAAUAUCAGGAGCAGUCUUCCAUCCAAGCCUGUAUCCCUAUUGGCCAUGCCUUCCUACCCACCCAGUCUUUAUGAAGCUCUCUCCCUCGGCACACGUCUUUGUAAUCGGUGUGUUCAAGUGGGUGACUUCUUUCUGCUGCGUUAUUCUAAUGAACCUUAGGGACCAGAUUUCUAAAACGAUGCCGGUUAGUAUAAAGAUAUAUGAAUGUUGUUUGAGGAGACGGGGGAAAUAGUAUGGAUUUGUUGGGAAUGUUCUGGAGGUACUUCCGUACCUGCCAAGGAGGUAAAACAACAGGCCGAGAGGGUUCCCAGAGAGUCCCAAUGGUAGAUGGCCUCUCGGACUAGAUACAAUUGUGUACCUGUGUGUGUCUGGCUCCUGUGAAUGGCCUCUUGUGCUAUGUUUAAAGUCUUUGUUCAGGACCAGUUUUUACUGCUCCAUGGCCACAGGCGUGGAACAGGUCUUUCGUCUUCACUAUGGAGUUUAGUCCUUGGUGGCUUCAUUUGGUACCCGAAUCACCCGUCCCUCUGUGACAGUCUGCCUUGUGUCCUCCCUCCCGUGCCUACCAAGUUCAGCUUGCUCCCAACUUGCUCUGUGAGAGAAUUCUGACACAGGAAAGCUUGUGGCCUGUGGGAAAAGGUCCACCUCAAGAGGUCAGAGUUAGCCAUGGGUUCGUUUUUCUAGAUGAGCAGAGAAUUGAAGUCCUAAAUCUAGGCCUAUACCAAGCCAUUCCAAAGGUUAGCACUGUCAGGCAUGUAUGACCCUAGAAAAGAUUCCUAGGGACAUCAGUGCUGCUCUUGCAAAAAUACAUGAAGUGUUUAAAGCAUUUUGUCCCUUCUUAUGUAAUUGCUUUUCCUUCCCUAAGUCUUAUACUUGGUUUCUUGCUUGUUUAUUGUUUGUGUGUUGUUUGGCUGUCCUAGAAGUCACUAUGUAGACCAGGCUAAUCUUGAGGUCAUAGAUCCAUGUGACUCUGCUUCCCCUGAGUGCUGGGAUCAAAGGUGUGCACCACCUUGCUGGGAGAGGUCUUCCGAAACGGCUAACGAUGAUGGAUGUCUGAUGUUGUAAGCUGAGCCUCCAGUAGUCUGUGCGGUACUAAGGGGUUUCUAGCACUCCUUACAGCAUUGUGGCUCCUUCCUUAUGAUCCCUGUGCAGAGACCACAAAGGAAUUAGGCACCUGGAACCCCAGAGAAGUUUCCGUUCCCUUAAUUUUCAGAGCUGUUCCCUGAUGGGCCUUGGCCAACAGGUUGGAAAGAGGUUGGCUACCCUGAAGAGUCUAAUCUCCCCCCCCCCCCAACACACACACACACACACACACACACACACACACACGAGAGAGAGA